GGCUUUGCGAGUACGCUGUUCCGUGAAAUCGUGCGCCACCCUGUAUCACUGAAUCGCCGUCACUGACAUAUCUCGUCAAACCUGUCAUGAGCCAAAGAUCUUGCAAACAUUUCAGAAUUCCCGUCAUCACCCAGGAUAUCCCUAUGUGCUACAUCUCCACCAAAUCUUUGACACGUAGAGUCAAAUCGGACUCCAUACUUGCUUUGCGACCGAAGUCCUAGGAUCUUCCAUACUCGAUCUUAGGAUCAGACAACCGAAUAUGGCGUUCUCUCUUCCAGUCGCAAAGUGCAUCAUAAGGCAGACACUUCAAGCACUUCAGCUUCUUCAUGAUUGCGGUUACGUCCAUAAUGACAUCAAAACAAAUAAUAUCAUGGCGGUACUACCAGGAAGCCGCAACAGAGCAUCCCUCUCCAAGGAUAUACAGUCAUACAUCGAAACGCAUCCCGCCGAAACUUAUGAACCUCUCCGUCUUCCUGGACUCACUCCAGAACCCAUAGUCACUGUCAAGUCGCAGCUACUCCCGGACAUGGAUCUUCGCCCUGAUUUGAGUAAUCUGAACAUCAAGCUUAUUGACUUUGGAGAAGCUGAACCUGCAGGAAAGCGGCUCAUGAAGUCCUCGCAGCCAUCCGUAUUUCGCCCGCCUGAGUCUAUUCUGGGGUUCUCGUGGUCGACGCCAUCUGAUAUAUGGGCUGUAGGAUGCAUUGCCUUUGAGCUGGUCGCUGACUAUCACUUGUUUUCGCAAGAGGAUUUCGAUAGAGCAAUGCAUAUUUAACAGAUUACAGAACGUAUUGGUAAAAUCCCAUCCAGUUUUUUGAGUGACUGCACAUAUGGUCCCAGAUUCUUUGGUC